AUGUAUUCAUCGGCAGAAGACCACAAGCCGCAGCCGCAGCCGUUACACGGGGCUCUGCCGCCUGCCUACGGGGUUGGUGGCCCCUCCAGUUCGUCACCACACACAGCUGUUGUGUUUACCACAGCGUCUGUGGCGGUGCCGGCUCCGGCAGUGGGGCCUGGCCCGAGCCUCGUGCUGUGCCCCACGUGUGGCAGACACGUGCAGUCUGACGUCACGGUGAAGGCCAGCACCCGGACGCAUCUGAUAGCCAUCCUACUCUGCAUCGUCGGGUGUUGGCUUUGCUGUUGCAUUCCAUACUGUGUAGACAGCUGCCAAGCGAAGAAUCACUAUUGUCCAGACUGCAAGACAUUCCUCGGAACAUAUGAUUAGUAGCCAGAGCGUUAGCUCGGGUGAGCAGUGCAUUAGUAAUGUAUCUUUUGCAAAUAUGUGACUGGAAACUAUCAAGGGAAUGUAUGACUGAGUUACUAUAUUAUUACCGUACAUUUCAGUGGUUGGAUGCUGCUGGUUUUCAGUAGGAAAAUA